AUGACAGAAUGGUACAAAGAAAUCAAAGUCAUUGGAUUUGGUAGUUCUCCAUUGACUUCUGUCUUUACCCCUUUGCAUAUGUUCCUAAAUGGAUGUGCACCUCCAGAUGGGCGGGCCACCUGCUCCCUGGAAAAAAGGGGAUAUUUCCAAAUCCUGUACUCUUGCAUCGAGAAAUUGCUUGCGUUUUUAAAUGUGAGGACCUUUGUUCUACCAGCUGCUGAUGACGCAAAGUCAAUAUGGACAGAUAAGUUUGGAUUUCAGAUAAUAUCAAAAGAGCAGCUUGACAAUUACAGACAGACCUGUUCGCAAAUGGUAUCCUUCAAAGGGACGUCUAUGUUAGCUCCUCCGCCGGACCCUGGAAAAGUUGGUGCACAGGCGGUGGCACUGAGAAUUUCCGGCGAUCAAAUUUCAUUUCAUGGUGUACAAGAUUCUCUUAAUGAUGAUCGAGGAAGGCAUUAUUUAAAAGAGUGCUUCAUCCAAGGAUCAUGA